GGUUGGGUUUGGUUACGGGCGCUGGGGCCUUGUAGAGACUCGUGUCUGCAGGCCCGGAGCAAAGUCAGCGUAGUCUCUCGCUGCUCGGACUGCGGCCCGAUGUCGGUUGCGCGCUGGAGCCCCCGGAGCGGGGCGGGACCAUGAGCUUGCUCUCCAGCCUCGCGGCCGCCCCACGGGCGCCGGCGCAGUGCAGCCAAACCAGGAUGAAAAGGCCUCCGAAGAGGAGCCAGAGCGAGAAGUACCGGCUGAAGUAUCUGCGGCUGCGCAAGGCGGCCAAAGCCACGGUGUUUUAAAAUAUUAAGAUAAAACAGAAGUUCAUACCUCUGCUUCCUUUCCGUCCUGACCUCAGGUACUUGCUAAGGAAGCUCCUCCAACUUCAGGCCCUCACUGAAGGGGAAACACAGGCUGCAGCCCCUUCACACAGCUCCAGUUUUCCCCUGACAUAUGGAGUGUCCAGCUCUGUGGGAUCGGUACAGGGAGCUGGGCCCAUUUCUGGACCCAGCACUGUGGCUGAGGAACCCUUUGGGAAGAAAUCCAAGAAGGAAAAAAAAGAAAAAGGCAAAGAGAACAACAAGCUGGAAGUUCUGAAGAAAACAACCAAGAAAAAGAAACUGGAGGGAGGUGCUCGCAAGCUGGUUCAGCCCAUUGCCCUGGAUCCCUCAGGACGGCCUGUGUUCCCCAUCGGACUGGGGGGUCUCACAGUAUAUAGCCUGGGGGAGAUCAUCACCGACCGUCCUGGCUUCCAUGAUGAACAUGCCAUCUACCCUGUGGGCUAUUGCAGUACUCGAGUGUAUGCCAGCAUGAAGUGCCCAAACCAGAAGUGUCUGUAUACCUGUCAGAUCAAGGAUGGCGGUGUGCAGCCACAGUUUGAAAUUGUUCCUGAAGAUGAUCCCCAGAAUGCCAUUGUCAGCUCUUCUGCAGAUGCUUGUCACGUAGAACUGCUCCAGACCAUAAGUGCUUACAUAGGGAAGGUAAUGCCCAACCUCCUUCCAUCUGGACCUGACUUUUUUGGGUUUUCUCAUCCAACCAUCCACAACCUCAUCCAGAGUUGUCCAGGAGCUCGAAAAUGUGUCAAUUACCAGUGGGUGAAAUUUGAUGUGUGCAAACCUGGAGAUGGGCAUCUACCUCAAGAAUUGCUAGAGAAUGAUGCUGCUAUGAACUUUGAAGCCUUUCAGAGACAGACUUUUGAUGUGGAUCAGAAUGACCCCAUUCUGCCAGGACUUAUUUGUUUUUCCCCUCCUUGAUCCUUGGACCUCCCAGAGCUUCCUUUCCAACCCAUGUUCCUGACACACGAGCCCUUGGUGGAUACACACCUGCAGCACUUGACGUCUCCAGCCCAGUGUAGCCCAACGGAGUCGUCAGAGUGAACAAGAAUGAAGCAGCUAUAUCAUUUUUAUCCUGAUGAACUUUUUUAACUUAAACUAAAACUACAAAUAUAUGAAAGAAGAUGGCUUGAGACAUAAGAAGACAUGUAAAUUAGCAUGUCACGGAGGUUCCUGGGAGGGGGGGAGGUGGCAGGGGGACUAGCUGCUUUAUUUUUAGUAAUAAAUUUCUCUUGACAGUUCUGUAUAUUUUCAUUUGUUGUAAUCAAGAUAUAAUUUAGUUUGUUUAACAAUGCCUGAGGUAGACGUAGCUCCUUUAUAAACCAAAAUGAGAAAUGUCUUGUGACUCAGUAAGAUAGUAAGAUUCUGACAAACUUCUGUGCGUGUUUGAUUCUAAUCCUAGUCCAAUGAAUAUUGGUCUCAGCCCUAAGACCCUGCUGCUUUAUUGCAUGUCAUUAUCAUCUAAAUCACAUCAUCUGCUUAUGCCCACACAGGAAAGGGCAGUCUAAAGUACUCUGCUCAGCUUUUCCUUCACAUGUUGCACAUCUUUUGAAGGAAUUAAAAAGUCACUUUUGAGAGUUGUGUUAUUUAACCUUU